CCGACCGCUUGGUCGACCCAGCUUUUUCUUCUCUUCAUCCACACAUUGAUUGUCUGGCAUUUCCUAUUCCUAAGUUUUCCUUACGACCUAGAUUUGGCUGGUCCAAUUCUAUAUUUACCUCUAUCAUACUCGAUUGCUAUUCUUGUGUCUGCUGCCCCGCAAUUCAGAUCUGCCUCAUUUUGUUAUAUCCUCAAACACCCUUCCAGCAAUCUAUCUUGUCGCAAUCUGUUGAACAGAUUCAAGAUACAAUUAGUCUACAGCAUCAGGUCAAUCACCACAUUCAUCAAAUCAAUCAAGACAUAAUCAUGCUUGCAUCACGCGCCGCAAAGCCAAAGUUGUCCCUGAGCAUCUCCACCGCCUCUGCUCAGACAGCCAGACCAACACUGUCGCUCAAGUCUCCCAUGACGCCGUUGAGAUCACCUUUGAAGUCACCCAUCUCACCGUCGCCCGCCAGCCCAACUGCACGGAACACCAGACUCAACCAGCGGGGCUACUCGACGAUGCAACAGCCAACAUACUCAUACGUCAACACCAGCUCAUCAAGAAGCAUCUUGAAGAAGUCUCCUUCCAAGACUAGCACGCAACAGCGGCGGCAGCUGUCCUUCUCUGACACUCCUGUCGUAUACAGUGUGACGCCCAUUGAGGAAGAGGGUUACUAUGGCUCUCACGUCAAGAUGUCGAGGGACGAGCGACGAUGGGCACGGAGAUGAACGACUUCUCUAGCAAAUUGCGCGUUUGAUUUUUAGCGAUGUGAUAUGUUACGAACUUGUCCACGGCGAAGGGUGGGUUGCUGAACAACGACUCCUGAUGAUGUACCAUUUUGAUAUAUUGCGCCUCAUCCCCAAGGAGCUUCCGAGAGGGUAACAGAAGAAACUAAUCAAAGAACUACAGAAGAGUUGAAGCGGGAAAAACCACAGUCUUUUACCUGACACUCAAGAAUAGUCAAUAUAUGACAUAGUCUUA